AUGAGGGAGGAGACAGCCACCAUCGAGUUAGAGCUUGCGGUCUCUGGAAUCGGCGAACUACCCACCAUCAAUCCGGCGUUCAGCACGAAGCAAGCGCGCUUCAUCUAUACUAUUCUCGAUACUGGCCUGUCAUCCUACAUCGAUUCGCUGGCCAAGACUGACCUUGUGACUGGCGAGACUCUAACAUGGUCGACUAAAAAUCACACGCCUGGCGAGGCUGUCUUCGUUGCUGUAGCGGAAGAUGAAGGCUAUCUGCUUUCGGUUGUGCUGGAUGGUGAGACGGAUACGAGCUAUCUGCUGUGCUUGGAUGCUAGGAAUCUGAGAGAGGAUGCUAGAGCGUCUGCCAACGUUCCUGUUGCUAUUGGCUUUCAUGGCCAUCAUUUGGCUCAGACAAACUUCUAG